GUCGCGAGGGGCGGGGCGCCUGUCAGGGAAGCGGCGCGCGCGGCGGCGGGGGCGGGCUGAGGCUCCGCCGCGCAGUGCCAGCGCCAGCACUAGACCCGCGCCCCGCGCUCUCCGGCCCGCCGCCUGCGUUCUGGCUCGCGAGCCCGCACUCCCGCCCUGCCCGUGCGCUGCCCGAGUAUGGAGCUGCUGUGCUGCGAGGGCACCCGGCACGCGCCCCGGGCCGGGCCGGACCCGCGGCUGCUGGGGGACCAGCGUGUCCUGCAGAGCUUGCUCCGCCUGGAAGAGCGCUACGUGCCCCGCGCCUCUUACUUCCAGUGUGUGCAGAGGGAGAUCAAGCCGCACAUGCGGAAGAUGCUGGCGUACUGGAUGCUGGAGGUGUGUGAGGAGCAGCGCUGUGAGGAGGAAGUCUUCCCCCUGGCCAUGAACUACCUGGAUCGCUACCUGUCCUGCGUCCCCACCCGCAAGGCGCAGUUGCAGCUCCUGGGUGCGGUCUGCAUGCUGCUGGCCUCCAAGCUGCGCGAGACUACGCCCCUGACCAUCGAAAAACUGUGCAUCUACACCGACCACUCUGUCUCUCCCCGCCAGCUGCGGGACUGGGAGGUGCUGGUCCUGGGGAAGCUCAAGUGGGACCUGGCCGCCGUGAUUGCCCAUGAUUUCCUGGCCCUGAUUCUGCACCGGCUCUCUCUGCCCCGUGACCGACAGGCCUUGGUCAAGAAGCACGCCCAGACUUUUUUGGCCCUCUGUGCUACAGAUUACACCUUUGCCAUGUACCCGCCAUCCAUGAUUGCCACGGGAAGCAUUGGAGCUGCAGUGCAAGGCCUGGGUGCCUGCUCCACAUCUGGGGAUGAGCUCACAGAGCUGCUGGCAGGGAUCACAGGCACUGAAGUGGACUGCCUGCGGGCCUGUCAGGAGCAGAUUGAAGCUGCCCUCAGGGAGAGCCUCAGGGAAGCCGCCCAGACCUCCCCCAGCCCAGCGCCCAAAGCCCCCAGGGGCUCCAGCAGCCAGGGGCCCAGCCAGACCAGCACUCCCACAGAUGUCACAGCCAUCCACCUGUAGCCCUGGCGAGGCCCCCUCGAGUGGCCACCGACAGCAGAGGAGGGGACACUGCCACCCCCCUCCCUGCCUGCAGGAACGAACCAUGCCACAGCUGAAGCCCGAGGGGGCUCCUUCCUACUUGCCUGUCGCGAGCCGAAGGGGUCGGGUCCUACCUAUCCCUGCAGUGUGCACUAAGGGGCCUGGCCAGCUGCGGCUGGUGGCCAGUCAGGCUCCUCCUUCUCCCUGCAUCUGACCAGCUCAGCUCCAUCCCGGUCCUAGCUGGGGGUGGGCCAGGCUGGCCAGAGAUGAAAUUGAAGUCUGUAAAAUACAUGUACCAGCAUUCCUUUUGGGGGCCCCCUUAUCUCUGGGGCUCUCGUGUUCUCAACUGCCAAAGUUGAACCCGGGCCCUUGGCAGUGAAAGCGCGGAGUCCUAACCACUGGACUGCCAGGGAAUUCCCUAGUUACUGCAUUUGGAUUGGGGUCUUUCUGAAGAACCCUCACAUGUUCUAGACACAUGUGAGAAGGAAGAGUGGACAUCUCCUCUCAAUGCACUUGGAGGCCCCUGCAUAAUCCAUGCUCUCAGCUGCUCCUAGAGGGAGGGGCCCUGGCCUCUGUCCGAGGGGCAGGAACCAACCUCCUCGCUUUGCUUUCCGCUCAGCUUCUCCUGUGUGAUUGGGGGGUGGAGGGGCAGUGCUGAAGGAAGAGGUUGUUUUAAUUUAUUAAUUGCUUGAGUCCAGCUGUAAGAGGGUGUGGUGGGGCCCAUCUACCCUGAGUGGUGGUGACCCUGGUGGUUGCUGCAUUCCUCCCCUCUCCUACCGCUAGAGAAUCUUCAUGGCCGUGGCCGAGGAGCUGCUACAGCCUGGGGUGGGGCCGCGCCCUCCUCUCCCUCUGGCCCUCUGCUCCAUCCUGCAAGGCUCUGGGGGAUGAAGCAGGGAUGACCUGGAGGUGACCAAGCCCCCUGUCUGGAGAGGGAGGCAAGCCCUGUUGACACAGGUCUUUCCCGAGGCCACAAGGUCCAGGCUGGUGGCCCAGGACCAUCAUGCUACCUUAAUAAAGAUUCUGAAAUAAAACUGUCUUUGGCUUCUUGG